AUGACCAAAAUUGGAAUAAUUGGAUUGGGAGAUAUGGGUCUUCUAUAUGCCAGAAGAUUCAGUGAAGCUGGUUGGUCAGUAAUAGGGUGUGAUCGUGAAGAAAAUUACAAUUCAUUACUUGAAAAGUAUCAAAAUGAAUCAUUUGAAAUUAGAAAGAAUGGUCAUUUAGUAUCUCGAGAAGCUGAUUAUAUAAUAUAUAGCGUUGAAGCAGAAAAUAUAGAUAAGAUUGUUUCUAUAUAUGGUCCCUCCACAAAAUAUGGUGCAAUUGUAGGUGGUCAAACUUCAUGUAAAGCACCAGAAAUUCAAGCAUUUGAAAAAUAUUUACCACAAGAUACUGAAAUUAUAUCAAUACAUUCAUUACAUGGACCAAAAGUCAAUACAACGGGUCAACCAUUAGUUUUAAUACCUCAUAGAUCAUCACCACAGUCAUUAGAAUUGGUGAAAGAUAUAGUAUCUUGUUUAAAUUCCAAAAUGGUUGUAUUAACUGCAAAAGAACAUGAUCGUAUAACAGCAGAUACACAAGCAGUCACUCAUGCUGCGUUUUUAUCAAUGGGAGUAGCAUGGAAAUCGAUGUAUCAAUACCCAUGGGAAACUCCCAAAUGGAUUGGUGGUAUAGAGAAUGCAAAAAUAAACAUAUCAUUAAGAAUAUUUUCUAAUAAGUGGCAUGUAUAUGCUGGUUUAGCCAUAACAAAUCCAUCAGCUCAUGAUCAAGUAUUACAAUAUUCUAAAUCUACUACUGAAUUAUUCACAUUAAUGAUACAAGGUAAAAAACAAGAAUUAAAUGAACGUAUGCAAAAAGUUAAAAAAUUUGUAUUUAAACAUAUAAAUAAUCAUAAUUUAUUAUUAGAUGAUAAUAUUUUAGAAAAAUUUUCAUUAAGUAAAACUCCACCAGAAGGUAAACAACCAAAUUCUCAUUUAUCAUUAUUAGCAAUAGCAGAUAGUUGGUAUAAUUUAGGAAUAGUUCCUUAUGAUCAUAUAAUAUGUUCAACUCCAUUAUUUAGAAUAUUUUUAGGUGUUACUGAAUAUGUAUUUUGUACUCCUGGAUUAUUAGAAGAAAGUAUUCAUGUUGCUGCAACAGAUGCAACUUUUAGACAAGAUGAUUUACAUUUUACAUUAGCUGCUGAAUUAUGGGCUAAAAUUAUAAAAUUUGGUAAUUUUUCAUUAUAUAAAGAUGAAUUUGAAAAAACUCAAGUUUUUUUUCAACCAAUGUUUCAAGAAGCUAAUACUAUUGGUAAUGAAAUGAUAAAAACUAUAUUAGAAAGAGUUAAAGAAAGAGAAAAAUAA